AUGGUUCAGCAACAAACUCAAGUGUCUCCGAGUGAGAAAACCCUGGAAGACUCGGAACAUUUAGAAAUGACAGCGAAUGAGACUUCAAACCUGGCGUAUAGCCAAGAUGAUGAAGAGCCGGAGCUUCACGCGCGGACUUAUUUUGCCGUGGCAGCCAUGUUUGUUUUGAACAUGGUGCAAGUCCUUGCACUACAAGGCCCUCCCACCGUUCUUUCGACCAUAGGUGAAGACCUUUACAAUCCAGCGGCACAGACUUGGGUCCCCAACGCCCUUUCUCUCGUCCAGGCCGUAGUCGGCCCCAUCAUUUCCUCCAUAUCGGACGUAUUUCAGAUUCGAAAGGCUCUCUUGGUUGGCCCUGCUGUACUAUCUUUCAUCGGUUCUGCUAUUGCACCCGGUUCGACAAGCAUAUACCGGCUCAUUGUUGCUCAGAUCCUGAUUGGAUUUGGAUUCGCCACUGUUCCAUUGGCAUACUGCGUUCCGAGCGAGAUUUUGCCCAGGAAAUGGCGGCCCAUUGUUCAGGCUGGCAUAAACAUUGCUGCUGCAAUCGGUGCCUGUGUCGGGCCGCUUGCUAUAGGGGCUCUCACCAAGGCGAACGCACACACCGGAUGGCGCACUUUCUAUUGGAUUCAAAUGGGACUUUGGGGCUUAACUGCUAUCGGGCUCUUCAUUGGGUACAGACCACCUAAAAGACACACCCGCUACGAUCACCUGUCCUUUUGGCAAAAGAUUGGUCGCCUCGACCUUAUUGGAACUGGGCUUUUAACAACAGGACUUACCUUGUUCCUGACUGGUCUCAAUCUUGGCGGUGGCAUUUUCGAGUGGCGGACUGCACAAGUGCUCGGCACCUUGGUUGUCGGCAUUGUGGUGAUGAUUGCGUUUGCAAUCUACGAAUGGAAGUUUACCAAGACUGGAAUCCUACACCAUGAUCUCUUCCGCGGCGGUAAGAAUCGUGGGCGUACUUUUGCGACAUGCGUUGGCCUUAUCUUCAUUGAGGGCAUCUUGCUGUUCGCCUAUGUGAUAUUUUUCCCCGUCAUGACUGGUCUACUCUUCGAAACAGACCCUUUUCUUACGUCCGCCAGAGAGCAAGCAUUCUGGGUGGCUUGUGGCUCAAGCACAGUCGCAUACGGCUACUCGGCCACCAAACUAAGAUCCAUCAAGUCACCUCUGUUUGUUGGGUUUCUCCUCUUCACAGGUGGUAUAAUCGGACUCGCCACCAUCGAACCCAAUGAUUCCACCAAUUCCAUUAUCUUUGCUGGCCUGGCAGGACUCGGCAUGGGCGGUCCGCUGGUUCUUAUCAUCUCCGGAGUCCAACUGUCCACGCCGCAUCAUCUUAUCGCCACUGCAACAGCGGUGGCUACUUCUUCGAGAGCCGUAUCUGCCACAAGCUUUACUGCUAUUUACGACGCGGCACUCAACAUGCGGCUUGACGAGUAUAUCCCUCGCUAUGUUGGUGCCGCUGCGCUCAGAGCUGGUCUUCCGAAGACAUCUCUCGAGGCAUUCAUCGGGGCUUUGGCUAGCAAUAAUGCGACAGCCCUGAGAGAUGUCGCGGGCAUAACGCCUGCUGUUAUCCUUGACGGCACUGUUGCACUGAAGAACGCAUAUGCGGAUGGGUUACGAGUCGUGUACAUGAUUGCUGCGCCUUUUGGGGCGCUGGCCUGUAUUGCUUGUUUCUUCCUGGGAGAUUUGAAGCCUGUGAUGAAUUAUUCUGUGGAGGCGCCAGUGGAGGAAUUACAUGCCAAGCACCAUAAGUUUGGUCAUCUUGGAGAUGCGUAG